AUGGACCAACAAGGGAGAAAGCAGGCAAAACGGAGCCCAAAGGAGCUCGAUCGAGUCCCUACAAUCGAUCGACUCGUCUCAGAGAUCGAUCGACUCAUCGAUCACACACAAGCUCGAUCGAUCCCAUGCAAGGAAAGCUCGAUCGAUCCCGCGUCCAGCUCGAUCGAUCGAACCCGUUCGUCUCAGCCGUUCGAUCCGUCCCGUCAGAUGAUAUCACAGCCGUUCGAUCUACUUGGUGCAAACCGACUCGAUCGAACCACAGCGAACCGGAUUGAACCGAAGUCGACCCCGGAGCUAUUUAGACCUAUCUUUAGCCAUUGUUUAGGCUACGCCGUUUUUCAGAGUUUUACACUGUUUCUGAGGGAGAAGAGAUCGAACCUCUGUUUUUCACAGUUUGGAGAAGAUUUCUGA